GAAAGCCAGCAGCUUCUGGCAGAGGACGAGGUGGAGGCACAGGCUGGAUUUGCAGAAGUGAGGCAGCCUGUGCUUUUCCAGCCAAGCCAGUAAAGCCUCGGGGCUGGGAUCCUGCGUUGCCCAAGGAGAGGAUUAGCUGGGAGCAAGGAGCCGGUUCCUGCCUGGCCAUCAGGAUCUGGGGCUGAGACCCAACCUUGGAGACCCUCCAGCUGGAAGAGGAGGAGACAGAGGAGAAAAAGAAGGAACCUGUCCUGCAGCAGGAGUGACCUGUUUCCCUGGCAGGAGGAGGAACCUGCUCCCCAGCUUCCCCCCGGGCCGCUGUUGAAGGCGAGCACGUGCUCGGGGAAGGCGCUCGGUCCCCGGGCAGGGUCUGCGGAGCGCAGCAGCACAGCCCAGGUGAUCUGCUCUGGAAAGCUGAAAGCCCUCUGGCCACCAGCCCGCGGCCACCCUUGACCCUGGCAGCAUCUUCAAAGGGAGCAUGGGCCUGCUGCGGAGCGUGCAAUGUUUGCUCACAGCCAGAGCCAGCAGCUACUGCCUGCCUGCCUUGGGGGGUUUCGUCAGCCCCCUGAAGCGCUCCAGGGGAGACCGCUCGGCCACUGCUGCUUGCACAAGGAACCCCCUCGUCAGGACCGCAGCCAUGGCCACCUCAGCGAGCUCCCACCUGAGCAAAGCCAUCAAGCACAUGUACAUGAAGCUGCCGCAGGGGGAGAAGGUCCAGGCCAUGUACAUCUGGAUCGACGGCACCGGGGAGCACCUCCGCUGCAAAACCCGCACACUGGACCACGAGCCCAAGAGCCUGGAAGAUCUCCCUGAGUGGAAUUUUGAUGGCUCCAGCACCUACCAGUCCGAAGGCUCCAACAGUGACAUGUACCUGCGACCUGCUGCCAUGUUCCGGGACCCUUUCCGCAAGGACCCCAAUAAACUCGUUCUCUGCGAGGUCUUCAAAUACAACCGCCAGUCUGCAGAGUCAAAUCUCCGGCACACCUGCAGGAGGAUUAUGGACAUGGUGUCCAACCAGCACCCCUGGUUUGGGAUGGAGCAGGAGUACACUCUCCUGGGGACAGAUGGACAUCCAUUUGGCUGGCCUUCCAAUGGCUUCCCUGGACCCCAAGGUCCCUAUUACUGCGGUGUAGGGGCGGACAAAGCCUAUGGCAGGGACAUUGUGGAGGCCCACUACCGAGCGUGCCUCUAUGCCGGCGUGAAAAUCGGAGGAACCAACGCAGAAGUGAUGCCAGCCCAGUGGGAGUUCCAGGUGGGACCAUGCGAAGGGAUUGAGAUGGGGGAUCACCUCUGGAUCGCGCGCUUCAUCCUGCACCGGGUGUGCGAGGACUUCGGGGUCGUGGUGUCCUUCGAUCCCAAACCCAUCCCUGGGAACUGGAACGGUGCUGGCUGCCACACCAACUUCAGCACCAAGAGCAUGAGGGAAGAAGGAGGUCUCAAGCACAUCGAGGAGGCCAUCGAGAAGCUGAGCAAGCGCCACCAGUACCACAUCCGUGCCUACGACCCCAAGGGGGGGCUGGACAAUGCCCGGCGCCUGACCGGCUUCCACGAGACGUCCAACAUCAACGAGUUCUCGGCCGGCGUGGCCAACCGCGGCGCCAGCAUCCGCAUCCCGCGCAACGUGGGCCACGAGAAGAAGGGCUACUUCGAGGACCGCCGGCCCUCCGCCAACUGUGACCCCUACGCCGUGACAGAGGCCCUGGUCCGCACGUGUCUCCUCAACGAAACCGGGGACGAGCCUUUUGAGUACAAGAACUAAGCGGACUGCGCCCCGCGGACACCGCCUCCCCCCGCGCUCCCCGCGCCCCUAAACUUCCCUUCUAGAUGUAAUCCCGAGGGUACAAGAUAACAUGUUUCGUGUCUCAGUAA